GAACUUCCUUGCAUAUUUCUUGAUUUAAUUCGUAAUUAUAAAGAUCAAGGUUUAAAUAAUUGUAGAAUGCCUUCAAACUUGGAACAUUGGAGAAAUGCUGAUGGAUCAUUGGCAGCUAGAAAGCUUGAAGCAUUUUGA